UAUUAAAAAUGGGUUGUGUUUGUAAUAGUAAUUCGUUAAAGACAUCUGUUUAAAGGACUUAAGCAUCAAAUAAGAUGGUAGAACAAUAUAAAAGUAAACUAAUAUUCUAUAAGUUAAAGAUAACAAGAAUAUAAAAACAUAAGAUAGUUUAGAUGACCUUUCCCAUUCUCUUUGUAAUAUUGGAUAAGAAAUUACAAGUUUGGGUGAAUUAAGACCUGAAGUUUAGUCAAAGAUAAAUGAAUUGGGAACAUUUAAGGCCAUAGAAGAGAUGGACUCUAAUACAUCUGGCUAUUCAUAUCUUAUAUGUUCAGAUGGUUCUAUAUUUUAUGGUUCAGUGGUAAAUGGGAUUAGAAAUGGAGUGGGAAAAUAACAUUAUUUGACAGAUGGAAAUUAUUUGGAAAGGUAAAAUAUUAUAGUAUUUUAUUAGUAUAUGGAAAAAUGAUAAGGCUAAUGGACCAGCAAGAAUGAUCUACUCAAAUGGAGAUGUGUAAUUUUCUCAGUUAUAUUUAGUUUUGAAGGUCAUCUAAUAGAUAAUAAAGCUAAUGGUUUUGGAGUAUUCAAAAAUAAGAAAAAAGAAGUUAGAGGUAGUUUUAAUUGUUAUUUUAGGUUGUUGGAUUGAUAAUAGGUUAUAAGGUAAUGGAAUAGAAAUAAGAAAAAAUGGAAUAAAAUAUGAAGGUUAAUUUAAAAAUGGAAUAAUAGACGGGAGAGGUUAGUUUAUAUUUCCUGAUGGCAGAAAGUAUAUAUAUCUUAUACAUUUUAGAUAUUAUGGAAAAGUGCAAUAAGGUUUAAUGCAUGGUCAAGGUUUGAUGACAUGGCCUGAUUUUAGUUAUUUCAAAGGAGAAUUUAGAUACAAUUAUUUAAAAGGAUAAGGGUGUUAUACUGACAGUGAUUCUUAAACCUACUUUGGAUAUGUAUUUAUAAUUGUUUAAAUUUAGUUCUUCUCGGUUUACCAUUAAGAAGUUAAAUAGUUGGACAUUUUUUAUAGCAAAGAUUCAAACAUAGAAGAAUGCGACAAACUCAUAAAAUUUAAGAAGCAAUAUGGUGGAGUCCUUUUAUGAACCACUUUAUUUUAUGUUGAUUUUAAUCAUAUUAUAUACUAGUAAAAUAU